AGAAAUAACUUAAAUCCAUAAAAAAGCUGCAAUAUACUAAAAGUAUUUAUUUGUUAGAUGGUGCGCUCUAAUUGCACAUAUAUUGUGUGUAAAUCCCGUGUAAAUUUAGUGCAAACUCCAUUUUAUAUCGUGAAAUAGUGCCCAUACAAUUUUGUUAAAUUUACAAACUUUCACAACAAACUACUUUUGAAAUUACGCUUUGAAACUUUACAUAGACCAUCAGAUAGUGCUGUGGAGCUUGCUCUCCGAAUUCAAACAUGUCGCAAACUAGUGGACUAAAUGCAGAGAAAGAAGCAGCGACACGGGAAUGGAUCGAACGGCAGGAACAAUUUGGCAAUUCUGGAAUAGAAGAUGAUAUAUCUUCAUUGGCAGAUUCGUCCAUCAUAUCCAGCAGUGAUGGCGAUUACGAAACUGAAGCAGAAGCUGAUUUCGACUCAACAAACAACACUUUAACGACCAAAGUAUUAGGCACGCAGUACACUCCUACGGAUAUGGCUGUGGUCAUAGAAAAUCUACGUGAACUACUCAAUUCAAUAAAUAGCGUGCAAACUUUGGAGAAUGUGCACAUAGAGAACUCGUCAAAUGUAAGAAUCGGCAAUGUCACAAAUAUUAACGGCAACAUACAGAUUAUACAACGUAUUAAGAAGCGUUUGCCUGAAAUAUCACGACAAACUUCCACUGCAUCAGUAACCACACGGGGAAAUGCAAGCGAAUCGCUCUUAACGGAGGAAAGUGAAGAACAAGAGGAGCGUGUGAAACGUGACGCAUUCAUCGAUCGCAUAAAGUAUAAAAUACCAAAGGAACUUUGCGCUGUUCUACCACGGAGUACUUGGCUGGCACAGAGGCCUAUGGAAGAUUAUGAUUUUAUACCGGAGCCGGUGAAUUUGGUUAUAAUUUCGCACACAGCCACAGAGAGCUCCGAGAAACAAGCUAUAAAUGUGCGGUUGAUACGUGACAUUCAGUGCUUUCACAUUGAAUCACGCGAGUGGAAUGAUAUUGCUUACAAUUUUCUGGUUGGAUGUGAUGGUAAUGUGUACGAAGGACGUGGAUGGGGUGUAGUGGGCGCUCACACAAUCGGUUACAAUUCGAAAUCCGUAGGUAUUGCAUUUAUUGGCUGUUUUAUGCGCGAAUUACCAAGUGAACCUGCGCUGAACGCAUGCAAAAAUUUCCUCAAAAGAGGUGUGGAGGAAGGGCACUUGGCACCUGAUUAUAAGCUUAUCGCUCACUGCCAAUGCCGUUCGACCGAGAGUCCCGGUCGUAAGUUGUAUGAAGAAUUGCAGACGUGGGAACAUUUUUAUAAUAUUGGCGAGGAACUCGACAAAGAAUAGAAAACUUACAAGACCAAAACAUUGCCUUCCAAAUGUUUGUAUUUUGAAUUUAAUUCUCUAUUCAGCAAGCUUUAAAUUUUGAUAUAGUAUUCUUAUACGUCAAUAUG